AUGGAUAACCCUCCGCCCAGCGGCUCGGCUGGCAACUCGAGCGACUUUGUCAGGAAGCUCUACAAGAUGCUCGAAGACCCUUCAUACGCGCAGAUAGUCAGAUGGGGAGACGACAGAGACAGCUUCGUCGUCCUGGAGUGCGAGAAGUUCACAAAGUCCAUCCUGCCGAAGCACUUCAAGCACAGCAACUUCGCCAGCUUCGUGCGCCAGCUCAACAAGUACGACUUCCACAAGGUGCGCCAGAACAACGAAGAGACCGGCCAGUCGCCCUACGGCCCCAGUGCGUGGGAGUUUAAACAUCCCGAGUUCAAGGCCGACAACAAGGACUCGCUCGACAACAUCCGCAGAAAGGCGCCGGCGCCUCGCAAGCAGGCUCCCGCCAACGACGACUCCAUCCCCACGCAGCAGCUCGACCUCAUGAACCAGCAGCUCCUCGCCCAGCAGCAGCAGCUCCAGCACCUCGCAGACCGCUUCACCCAGUUCACCGUCGACCACCAGAUGAUGCUUCAGGAGGUCCGUCGGGUGCAAAAGUCCGUCCUGGGCCACGACCAGGUCGUCCACUGCAUCCUCACAUACCUGCACUCCAUCGACGCCCGGCAGAAGAGAGACUCCCGCGCCGCCGCUGCCGCCAGCCUCUCCUUCCAGUCCCAGACAGAUCUCAGCCCGUCGCAGGUCGCCGGCAUAGACGAGAACCCGGCCUCCCCCCUGCAGCACGCCACCAAGCUGCUCAACGAGAUGACCGCAGAGAACCAGUUCAACUUCUCCGCCCUCGAGGGGAUAGUGCCCACGCCGCCGCUCGACCAGCAGGCCGCCGCCGCAGUCCAGCAACGAGCUAACGCUGCUGCCGCCGCCGCUGCUGCUGUCAACGGCGUGAACGGAGUCAACGUCGUCGGUGGUGUCGUCGGUUUACCCCCUUCUUCGGCUGCUGCAGCACAGCAGGCCUCGCUCUCGUACCCUAAGAUGAACGGGGAGCUCGAGCAGGUCGUCUACCCGGUCGGUGCCACUAACGGCAUAGAUCCCAUGUACAGCGAACACGUCAACAACAUUCCUUACUCCCUCCCCACCAGUGCUUCCGCAAACAGAGACAUGGACGUCCCGGACGUACGGCGGCAGUACCCGGUCACCAAUGACGGGCGGAAGAAGAGCAUCUACCCGGACCCAGCCUGGGCGCGGAGUCCACACAUCCUGCUCGUCGAAGACGACCAGACCUGUCGCCAGAUAGGAGGCAAGUUCCUCUACUCUUUCUCCUGCGUAGUAGACACCGCCCUCGACGGGCUUGAGGCGGUGAACAAGAUACAAGGAGGUCUCAUCCGCCGCUUCGACUCUACUCCCAUCAUUGCAAUGACUUCAAACAUCCGAUCAAGCGAUAUAGACCUCUACUUCCACCACGGAAUGAACGACGUCCUACCAAAACCAUUCACCCGCCAGUCCCUCCUCAACAUGCUAGAAAAACACCUCGUCUCCCUCAAAAACGUCAGUCCCAUGGACGCUUCUCAGCAGCAGCAGCAGCAGCAACAGCAACAACCCCCGCCAUCAUCAAAUACACCACCCACCGCACAACCACCAGGCCAAGGCAACAACACGAACCCAAACACCGGCCCUGGCCCAAGUCCACUAUCCAACUCCAUCUCCGUCCCCGUUAAUGUCCCCGUCAACGUCCCUGUCGCAGGCCUCCCGCCCACUUCCCAAGCAGUAAAAGACGAAUCAUCACCCACCCACUCCCCGUCAACCAUGGGCCAGCAGACAUGGCAGAACUCACCCCUCACCCCCGGCCCGGGCCAGUCUUUCGACACUAAUGGCCUCCAAUACCAGAACCAACAACAAAACCAGCCCCAGAACCAAAAUCAAAACCAGGCACAGAACCAGAACCACAUCAAGCACCGUCGUCAAGCGUCAGACAUGGCUGGCAUAGACCUCAAUGUCAAUGCGUACAACAAGCGCCAACGCAUCUUCCAUGCCUCGGGUCCUGGUUCGGGUCCUGGUCCUGGUGCGCCAGUGGUAAAUCCCAUGCAGACCAGCCGCAUGGCUUAA